CCAAACUCAAGCUGUUGUUCAUUCACUAGCCGACGGAGAAAUGGAGAGGAAUAUGUUAGAGGCGUUGAACUCACAGAAUUUGAAGUCUCUAGAAGAAUGGCUUCAGAAAACCUCCAUCACUUUAACACAAGUUAACGGCCAGCGGAAAUAUGGAGGUCCUCCACCAGACUGGAGAGGUCCAACUCCCGGUCCAGGUUGUGAGGUCUUCAUCAGUCAAAUUCCGCGGAACGUCUUCGAGGAUCAGCUGAUCCCCCUGUUUCAAAGCGUGGCACCACUGUAUGAGUUCCGCCUCAUGAUGAACUUCAGCGGUCAGAACCGUGGCUUUGCCUAUGCCAAAUACGGAGACGUGGAUGGCGCAGCCGCUGCCAUCAGGGCUUUCCACAUGUACCCGCUGCAGGCUGGCGUCACACUGCUUGUAAGCAAGAGCACUGAGAAGAGGCAGCUGUGUCUGGGUGAUCUGCCUUCUACCAUAGAGCGCAAUGAGCUACAUGCCGUGCUGUGCCAGAUCUCAGAAGGAGUGGAAGGCGUCACCGUGAAGACCGCCGGACAUAAAGGGAAGAGUGUUUCAGCAAUCGUGUACUACUCCUCACACUACGCCGCCUCCAUGGCCAAGAAGCUGCUAGUGCAAGCCUUCUGGAAGCUGUAUGGCAUCUCCAUCUCUGUUAGAUGGAUUUCCUACAGCCACAAGUCCAGACAUGAGGAACGGAACGAAGAGGCUCCCCUCACCCCUCUGUCCAAGAAUUGCUUCACACCUGCACUUAGCCAAGACCCUCUUCCUCCUCCACCUCCUACACCUUCACCUUCUCUCCAUCAGCACUACUUCUCCCAGGCUGUAGGGGGUCCAGCUCUGCGAGCAAACAGUGUUGUGGUACCCCAGAGCCCCAGGAUCGCAGGGGAGCCGUUCCACAAUUCUGUACAGCAGCUGCGCUGGAUGUGUGAGCUGCAGGGGCUCGGUGUACCACUCUACAAUGUUGAAUACCACCACACGGGCCCUGAUGGCACCCUAUACUUCACCUACAAAGUGGCAGUGCCAGGGCUGCCCGUGCCUCUCUGUGGUGUUGUUCGCAUCCUGUUAAGCACCAGCUCCUGCAACAUGGAGGCUGAGGUGCACCAAGCUGUGGCCACGCAGCUCCUCAGGGCCAUGUGUCAGGCCCAGGUUCCAUGAGCUGUGGCCACCUGUUCCAGAUGUAUUAUUAGUAUUAAGAUUAGAAAGCAUACAAUGUUAAGGCUGCCAAGGUGAAGUGGUUUAAUUGCUUGAUCUACCUCAUUUUUUUGAUGUUUGUUUUAUCUUUUGGUUUGUUUUAUCAAUGUUUUAUAUAAGAAAAAAAUAAUUGUAUAAUUUGUGUGUUUUCCAUUUUCUAGUUUGUUCAAUCUUUACUUUUUUGCAUGGUGUUUGCAUUUGAUUUUUAUGUUUUGGAGUGGAUUUGCAUGGUUGUGUUGCACUUACAUUAAAAAAAGGA